AAAGUCAUGCCAGGCCAGCUGGAGCGCGCCAAGCGAGAUCCAGUUUAAAUUGGGGAGGGGAAGCGCAGUCUGAUUGUCUCUUGCGUUGUAGCUUGCACCCCAGGCUGUUUAGGAAGCGGGGGACUCCUCUAGGGUCAUCAGAGGAUAUUCUUAGGUCCUCAGCCGAGCUGGCAUUCUCGGAACACUAUGAGAAGGGCUUAGUGGCAGCCAGGAGACCCUACCACCUUAGCGCAGAGAACAAGGCCGGCCUUGGGCCAGCUGGAGCAGGGAACUCUGCCCUGGGGGCUUCUGGGAGAUGUAGUCCCCUUCUCAGACUCACUAACUCUAAGAACCAAGCACCCUUGCACUCCUCCCCUGAUUCGCGGGAGCCUCCUGGGGAGGAGGGUUGGGACCAGAGUGAGAGGUUGGGUCAUCUGCCCCCAGGCACUGCCUCUGAGCCAUAGGAGUCUAAGGAGCCUCCCUAGCCAAGGAUUCUGAGUGGUGUGGGCUUGGCUGGGGGUGGGGCAGUCAUACAGUUCCUUGGAGGUUUCUCUGCACUGCCAGGGAAAGGUGGCUCCUGUCUUGAUCACUGGGAGGGAGAUAUGAAGUAAGACUUAGGCCUUCUGCAUAAGAGUAUGGAGUAUGGUCCUACUCCGAGGGCUGCUGGAUUUUGGUUUCAGAGGAUCCGGAGGUUCCCCCCCCCCCUUGGAGGCAGAGAAAUAGAACAUCCCUCCGAGUCUGGAAGUCAAGAGUGUCUCUUUGGAGCAACGAUGCAAGGAUUAGCUUCUGUCUGUCUGUCCAGCUUCCUUCCUUCCGGGUUUUUCUGACACCACCUUCCUCCCUCCUCCUUCUGUUCUGUCUGCUGCUUGGUGUGAGUGUGUGUGUGUGUUCAUGUCAUGUCUGGGGGAACCUCUGCUUUAGGAGAAAGAGUGUCAUUUCUGAGAGAGGAGGGCUUGGUGUUUGCCUGAGCCCCGGGAAAGGUGUGUGUGAGGGUCUGCAGCCCCCUUGAUCUUUUGCUUCACCUCUUUCCCUCCCACGGAACUGUGUGUUGUUCUGUUUUCCCUGGGAAUAGCUGCUACACCACCGCCAAUGUCACUGCCUACACUUCCUUCUCCCCGGCUCCUCUCCAGGGGCCAGACUCUUCCCUAGGACAGCUCCUCUGCUGUUCCCCUGCCUUCUCGGGCCAAGACCAUGAUCUCAUGGCUCCAAGGGAAGAGAAGAGUGUGCUCCAAGUCAGCUCAGGCCCUACGGUUGGGAGCCUCGGGGUAGGGUGAGAAUGGUCGAGGAAGGCGAGAAGCAGGAAGGGAAGCAGAACUCUGGUACCAGGAAGGAAAGCGAUUUGCGCCUAUCUGGCCUCCAAGGACCAUGGUUCUGGCUGCAGGCAUCCCUGCUGGAGUCCUUUUCUAAGCCGUGCCACUCAUGCUUGGGAUGGGGUGGAGGGGCUCAUGAAGGGAAGAGAGAAGACUAAAGAAGGGCUGGUGGUUCACAGAAAUCUGGGGUUAAAGCAUCCAUGCUAAUUGAGGCUUAGUGAUCUUGCUUGUUCAAAGUACACAGAGCACUCAGCACUCUGGUUAGCAAGUUCCUGGUACCUGGAUUCAGCAGAAGCCUUAGGCUGGUGGGUUCAGCUCCAACAACCAAGGAGGCCAGGAGCCUGCUGGACAGAGACUUAGUGGGUGGCGUGGCAGAGAGGCAGUGUCCACUCAGCAAGGGCCAGAACGCCUGGCACCUGCUUUGGAUGAAAAGAAAUGUGUUACAAAGUGGGGGUGGCUGCUUUGGGGGGAAACAGCUAGGACCUAGGACCGUACUUCACGGAGUCCUGGAGUAAGCUGGAGGUGCAGGCGCCACCAGAGUUGCGGGCAGCGGAAGCUCUGGAGGAGCCCCCAUCCCAGACCACACCCCUGAGCCUGAACCUGACACACAUUCCUCAGAGUCCCUGCUCCAGUACCGAGUACCUGGCUGGGCCCUGGGCACGCACAGGGGUCGUAGCCCCACUGUGUGUGGGAGCCAUGAGGAUCCUGGCUAACAAGACAAGGUUACCCCACCCCAGGAGGAGAGAGGCUCCAGGGAGUCCACCACUAUCCCCUCGGGGCCACUGCCCCCCUGCCCCAGCCAAGCCAAUGCACCCAGAAAAUAAACUGACCAAUCAUGGCAAGACAGGGAACGGAGGGGCCCAGUCCCAGCAUCAGAAUGUGAACCAAGGACCCGCCUGCAACCUGGGCUCCAAGGGCGUGGGGGCGGGGAGCCACGGGGCCAAGGCCAACCAGAUCUCGCCUAGCAACUCAAGUCUGAAGAACCCCCAGGCAGGGGUGCCUCCUUUCAGCUCACUCAAGGGCAAGGUGAAGCGCGGCGAGCGGAGUGUGUCUGUGGACUCUGGGGAGCAGCGGGAGGCUGGGACUCCAUCCCUCGACUCAGAGGCCAAAGAGGUGGCACCCCGGAGUAAACGGAGGUGUGUGCUGGAGCGGAAGCAGCCGUACAGUGGGGACGAAUGGUGCUCUGGGCCAGACAGCGAAGAGGACGACAAGCCCAUUGCGGCCUCCCACAAUUGUAAUGUAGCAGACCCAGCCAUGGUGACCCCACAGUUGGGUCCUGGCCAAACUGCCCAACUGCCCCUCAGUGAGAGCAGUGCACCAGGCCCCCAACAUGGCCCCCAGCCAGGCCUUCGGCCAGACGUCCCUGGGGGUGGGGGUGGAGGCGUCCCAGGAAAGCCUCCGUCACAGUUCGUCUAUGUUUUCACCACCCAUCUGGCCAACACGGCGGCAGAGGCAGUGCUGCAGGGCCGGGCAGAGUCCAUCCUCACCUACCACCAGCAGAAUGUGCCCCGGGCCAAGCUGGAUCAGGCCCCUAAAGUGCCACCCACCCCAGAACCACUACCCCUGAAUACGCCAUCAGCAGGUACACCACAGUCCCAGCCACCUCCGUUGCCACCGCCACCCCCAGCCCCUGGCAGUGCUCCUCCUGCUCUGCCCCCAGAGGGGCCUCCUGAAGACACCAGUCAGGACCUGGCCCCCAACUCAGUGGGAGCGGCCAGCACAGGUGGUGGGACUGGGGGCACCCACCCUAACACCCCAACGGCUGCCACUGCUAACAACCCUCUGCCUCCUGGAGGAGACCCUGGCAGUGCCCCUGGCUCCACUCUAUUGGGGGAGGCCACGCCCACAGGAAAUGGGCAGAGGAACCUGGUGGGCUCUGAGGGCCUGUCCAAAGAGCAGCUGGAGCACCGGGAGCGCUCCCUCCAGACACUGCGGGACAUCGAGAGGUUGCUGCUCCGCAGUGGGGAGACUGAGCCCUUCCUCAAGGGGCCCCCAGGAGGAGCUGGUGAGGGAGGCCCACCCGCACAAGCGCCCUCUGCUGUUCAGCCGCCUCCCUCCGCCCCUCCUGGGGGGCUGAAGAAGUACGAGGAGCCUCUGCAGUCAAUGAUCUCGCAGACACAGAGCCUAGGAGGCCCCCCGCUGGAGCAUGAAGUGCCAGGGCACCCUCAGGGUGGAGACAUGGGACAGCAAAUGAACAUGAUGAUGCAGAGGCUGGGCCAGGACAGUCUGACGCCCGAGCAGGUGGCCUGGCGCAAACUGCAGGAAGAGUACUACGAGGAGAAGCGGCGGAAAGAGGAGCAGAUUGGAUUGCACGGAGGCCGCCCUCUGCAGGACAUGGUGGGAAUGGGGGGCAUGAUGGGGAGGGGGCCCCCACCUCCUUACCACAGCAAACCUGGGGAUCAGUGGCCACCCGGAAUGGGUGCACAACUCCGAGGGCCUAUGGAUGUCCAAGACCCCAUGCAGCUCCGAUCUGGACCUCCCUUCCCUGGCCCCCGUUUCCCAGGCAACCAGAUGCAGAGGGUGCCUGGAUUUGGAGGUAUGCAGAGUAUGCCCAUGGAAGUACCCAUGAAUGCCAUGCAGAGACCUGUAAGGCCAGGCAUGGCCUGGAAUGAAGACUUGCCCCCUAUUGGGGGACCCGGCAACUUUGCCCAAAACACUGUGCCCUACGCAGGUGGGCAGGGAGAGGCAGAGCGCUUCAUGACCCCUCGCGUCCGGGAGGAGCUGCUGAGGCACCAGUUGCUGGAGAAGCGGUCCAUGGGCAUGCAGCGUCCCCUGGGCAUGGCAGGUAGCAGCAUGGGACAGAGCAUGGAAAUGGAACGGAUGAUACAGGCACAUCGACAGAUGGACCCUGCCAUGUUCCCGGGACAGAUGACUGGAGGAGACGGUCUCGCCGGCGCACCCAUGGGCAUAGAGUUCGGUGGAGGCCGGGGCCUCCUGAGUCCUCCGAUGGGACAGUCUGGGCUGCGGGAGGUAGACCCGCCUAUGGGGCCAGGCAACCUCAACAUGAACAUGAAUGUGAACAUGAACAUGAACAUGAACCUGAAUGUGCAGAUGACGCCCCAGCAGCAGAUGCUGAUGUCACAGAAGAUGCGGGGUCCUGGAGACAUGAUGGGUCCUCAGGGCCUAAGUCCCGAAGAGAUGGCUCGGGUUCGGGCCCAGAACAGUAGUGGCAUGAUGGGGGGUCCGCAGAAGAUGCUCAUGCCUACACAGUUUCCCAACCAGGGCCAGCAGGGAUUCUCGGGGGGCCAGGGACCCUACCAGGCCAUGCCCCAGGACAUGGGCAACACUCCAGACAUGUUCAGUCCUGAUCAGAGUUCAGUGUCCAUGGGCACUGUGGGCACUGCCCGGCUCAGCCAUAUGCCUCUGCCCCCUGCCUCCAAUCCUCCUGGGUCUGUGCACUCAGCCCCCAACAGGGGGCUAGGCAGGCGGCCUUCAGAUCUCACCAUCAGUAUUAAUCAGAUGGGCUCACCGGGCAUGGGGCAUCUGAAGUCACCCACCCUUAGCCAGGUGCACUCCCCCCUGGUCACCUCACCCUCUGCCAACCUCAAGUCACCCCAGACUCCCUCCCAGAUGGUACCCUUGCCUUCUGCCAACCCACCGGGACCUCUCAAGUCACCCCAGGUCCUCAGCUCUUCCCUCAAUGUGCGUUCACCCACUGGCUCACCCAGCAGGCUCAAGUCUCCCUCCAUGGCUGUGCCUUCUCCCGGCUGGGUCGCCUCUCCCAAGACAGCCAUGCCUAGUCCUGGGGUCUCCCAAAACAAGCAGCCACCUCUCAACAUAAACUCUUCCUCUACCCUGGGCAACAUGGAACAGGGUGCUCUCCCACCUAGCGGCCCCCGGAACAGCUCCUCGGCUCCUCCGGCCAACCCUUCCAGUGGCCUCAUGAAUCCCAGCCUGCCGUUCACAUCCUCCCCAGACCCCACCCCUUCCCAGAACCCUCUGUCACUGAUGAUGUCUCAGAUGUCCAAGUACGCCAUGCCCAGCUCGACCCCGCUAUACCACAACGCCAUCAAGACCAUCGCCACCUCAGACGACGAGCUGCUGCCUGACCGGCCCCUGCUACCCCCACCCCCACCACCGCAGGGCUCUGGGCCAGGUGUCAGCAAUAAUCAGCCCAACCAGAUGCACAUGAACCCUGCUGCUGCCCAGAGCCCCAUGGGCAUGAACUUACCAGGCCAGCAGCCCCUGUCCCAUGAGCCUCCCCCUUCUAUGUUGCCCUCCCCCACCCCUCUGGGGUCCAACAUUCCACUGCACCCCAAUGCACAGGGGGCUGGGGGCCCUUCUCAGAACUCAAUGAUGAUGGCCGCAGGAGGCCCAGACUCCCUAAAUGCCCCUUGUGGCCCCGUGCCCAGCUCCUCCCAGAUGAUGUCCUUCCCUCCCCGGCUGCAGCAACCCCACGGUGCCAUGGCCCCCACCGGGGCUGGGGGGCCUGGCCUGCAGCAGCACUACCCUUCGGGCAUGGCCCUGCCCCCCGAGGACCUGCCCACCCAGCCACCUGGUCCCAUACCCCCUCAGCAGCACCUAAUGGGCAAAGGCAUGACUGGCCGCAUGGGCGACGCAUACCCACCCGGGGUGCUCCCUGGGGUGGCAUCGGUACUGAAUGACCCAGAGCUGAGUGAGGUGAUCCGGCCCACCCCUACCGGCAUUCCUGAGUUCGACUUGUCCAGGAUCAUCCCCUCUGAGAAACCAAGCAGCACCCUCCAGUACUUCCCCAAGAGCGAGAACCAGCCCCCGAAGGCCCAGCCCCCCAAUCUGCAUCUCAUGAACCUGCAGAACAUGAUGGCGGAGCAGACACCUUCUCGGCCCCCCAACCUCCCGGGCCAACAGGGGGUCCAGCGGGGGCUCAGCAUGUCCAUGUGCCACCCUGGACAGAUGUCCUUGCUGGGCAGGACAGGUGUGCCCCCACAACAGGGCAUGGUGCCCCAUGGCCUGCACCAGGGGGUCAUGUCCCCUCCACAAGGCCUCAUGACCCAGCAGAAUUUUAUGCUGAUGAAGCAGAGGGGCGUGGGGGGCGAGGUCUACACCCAGCCUCCCCACAUGCUCUCCCCACAGGGCUCCCUCAUGGGCCCCCCACCCCAGCAGAACCUCAUGGUGUCCCACCCUCUGCGGCAGCGCAGUGUGUCUCUGGACAGCCAGAUGGGCUACCUCCCAACGCCGGGCAGCAUGGCCAAUCUACCCUUCUAGCAGGCCCCUCAGUCUGGGGCUGGGGAUACUGAAAAUAGGUUAACUUUAAAAAGUUUUGUUUUUCCUCCAGUGUUGAGAUGGAUGGCCUGGGUCCAGGGGCAGGGUGGAGGGGUGGGAAAGGGCUUGUGUGGGGAGUGGUGUUUGUGGAAACCUGCUGUGCUGGCAGCUUAGGGGGGUAGCUGCAAGUGUCCGGUGAGGAGUUGGGAUUGGGCUCUGCUCCAUUUCUGCCACCAGGAGUGCUCCUCCCUUGCCCCCCUCUUCCCGUGGAGCUUCUGUCUCCCUUUGUCUUUGCACUUCCCCGCUUUCAGCUAUGUUUUGGGGGUCCUUGGGGAGAGAGGAGGGUCUUCCAUCCUCUGACCCGUCGUGGACUGUCACCUUGCUGGCGGCGGCGGUGGCGCUUCAGGUCCGUUUCUCUCCUCCCUGUCUCUGCUUUUACCCUGUUUGCUUCCUGCCUCUUUUCCUCUCCCUACUGACGCGGCUGACCUCCUCUCCCACGCCCCCUGCAGGCAGCUGGCCAGGUGGGCAGGUGCCAGCGGAGCUGUAAAUAGAGCUGGGCUUUUGUGCCGGUUUGUGCGUGUGCCGUAUUUCUGUGUCUUGAUAGAAGUCACACACAAGAAAAAAAAAAAAAGAUUGAGAAGAAGAAGAAAAAAACCUUCCCCCUCUUUCAAAUGAUCACACCCUCCAUUCCCCUGGAUUCAGAGACAUACAGUCCUAUGCACCCUCCAUACACCCCACCUAUAAAAUGAAGUCAGACCAUCUAGGCUUCCAUUUGGUGAGGCCCUGAGGACUGAGAAUCUCCCCCGUCCCUCUACGAUGGCCGCCUGUCUGCUGCUGGGUGAUUUCCGGAGAGCAGGUGCCCACAUGUGUUUACCCACACCAGUGACAUAGGGCCCCAGCCUGGGUGCCUCUGCUGCUACAUCUUAGCCAGAACUUGAAGCCCUUUGUCCCCAUUCUAGGAUAAAGGCAAGAAGGAAGGGGCAGCAUGUGGCCCCAUAGAAUGGAGCUAUGGAAGGGUGAGGUUGCUGGGACCCUGGCUGCAGUAGCCUUGGGCCAGGUAACCCCUCAGGGCAUGGACUCUUCUAGAAACCACCACUUGCUUCUCACCAAAGAAGGAACAGAGUUGGCCCUCCACCUCUAGCUCGGAACGAGGGAAGGCAGUGCGACGGAGAACAUGCCCUGCCUGCCUGCCUACUCUCUGCAAGGUCCUUCUGUCCAGGGCUCAGGGCCAUGCACCAGAUCUGUCUACCCACCAGACACAGCCACUGACUUCCCAGGAGAGCCCCUCACCCGCCACUGGUCAGACUCAAGCCAUACAGGAAUGGGUGUUGUGUCCCCUUUGUCCCCAGGAGUAAACUACUUCUGCUUUUCUCACGUCCUUUCCUGCCUUGUAAGGGGGCGGGCAGCUCCCUGGCUAAGGCCUUUCCUGUCCUGCCUCCAGGGCCAAGGGCCAUUCUAGACAGGGUGUCUUUUACCAGAGCCCUGUCCCCAGCCUUUCUGACCUGCAGGGCCUGGUUUUGCCUUGGCAGCUGUAAUACAAAGGGAAUCUGUGCCCACUUCUCCCAGUCUGGUGCUGUCCACCAUCAGCCAGGUCAGGCACCAAGCCCCCUCCAGAGCUGGCUGCAGGCCCUCCCAGGGACCGCAGCCAAGGUCUCUUGUGUUGAGAGGUGGGUGGAAACCUGUCCUUCCUGCCAGACACUGCCCUCCCUGCUUCCAUCUGGGCCUUGUGCCCCACCCACAUCCCCACCUUGCCUAGACUGUCUAGCCCGCCCCACAAAGGGCCCGAUACCCUCUUCUUGCGCCCUCGCCUCCCACCUCUACCACUAGCUUCCCAAGGUGAUCUCCACAGGCCAGCCUUCUCCUUCCAUCCAUGGCCAUACCCCAGCCAUUUUGUACCAUUAUAUAAAUAUAUAUAUAAAAUAUAAAUAUAUAAAUACAA